CUAAAAUGGCACAACCCGAGUAGUGGAAAUACAAAAAUAAGUACAUCUUUUCUGUGUGUUGAUUAGAGUUUUGUUUUUUAUUUUCAAAGACGUGCUAUUGUUGUAAAGUGAUCGACGUCGAGAGUGAAAUGUCUGUUAAAAUAUGUAUUACGUUAUGUUUACUAUGUUAUUUCCCAGUGGCCCGAGUGUAUGGCUUCAGUGAUGGUCAGCUGGAAGCUUUUUUUGAAUUGAUCGACGUGAAUAACCUAGGACGAAUCUCCAUAAACCAACUGCUCCAAUUGCGUAUAAACCCGUUAUACGAGCGAGGACCGUCCAUAAAUGUCGACCAAUUUAAAAAGCUAGUGCGCAGGCAAAAUGCCGCGACACAAGAAUCGUUAUACGCCAUGUUGGCACGUAUCGCGGAAAACAACGAACGCUCGAACAACACAGGCGCGACUACAAACCGUCCAUCGCCGGCACAGAUGACCGGAAGUAGGAACUUAUUGUUGGGCAUGCACAGGCCGAUAAUACAGCAGGACAACGGCGAUACAGCAUCGACCGGUUGUUCGUCGUACGUCGAUACGACUUUGAAUUUGGGGCCACCAGAAGAAAACGUCAAUACCGACUUGAGUUUAGCUCCCUCGUCGUCAACGCACAACGCCCACGACCCGGUCUUACCCGCCCCUACGCCCUCGGAUCUUGCCGGCAAGAAAAUAGGCGCAGAAGACUUGACUUUGACUUUGGCGUCUUCAGUGUACGUCCAGGACCUGGACGAUGACGAUGAUACAGAACCAACAGAACCGAUUUCAGCUACAACGUCGCACGGUCAGUUUGUCUUUAAACCCACAGACUUGAGUUUAGCGCCACAAGAACCCGCAGUGUCCACAUGGUCGUCGCCAUCACAGUCAUCGUCAGAGUCACCGUCGUCAACAUCACAAUCGCCGCCGCCGUCGUCGUCGUCUGAAAAAGUUGCUAAACGUUUUAAAAGAAAUUAUUAAUUGCUAAUACGGUCUGGCAACCGUAGAGAGGUAAUUUAUACAAAAUAAAAACAUAGC